AUGUUGGAUCCCCUCACCCAAUACGAUAUUACCUUCAUCACUCCCUCCAAGAAGGAUAAUGGCGUCUUGAAGCCCAAGUUCAGGCAAGCCUACUCCUGCAUUCCCAUCCGCAUCACUAUUCCAAGACAAUCGCCGACUACGUUGCCGCCCAAUCCGCGAAUCGUCGUGACCGGGUUCGUGGCCAAGGUCCAUUACGGCGCCGGAUGUCAUUGUGAAAGCGCCAUCUUCGAAACUUUUGGUCUCUCGACUGCUGUUGACGGUGAUGGGUUUAGGGAGAUCAGAGGCAGUCAUAUGAGCAAAUGGAUUGGUUUUAAGGAAGGGGGGACUAUGCGUUUCUAUGGGCAUCAUAAUCAUCAUCAUAAUGCCAGUAUCGACAACAGGAAGCUUGACUGGCGCAACAGGGGCAUAUUGAUGAAGGGCUCAAGUCCUAAGACAGGCGUGGUUGAAGUGCGAAAUAUGGUUUGGCAUGUACCGGGGCUCUAUAAAAUCGCAUUUGAGCUGCAGUUUGACUCAGGGCAGCCAGUUGGGUGGACGCCGUGGCAGACUGUGGAGGUGCAGAGAGUGAGAAAGAAUGAGCAGCGUUGA